AUGACUCAGGGGCCUUCACACACAGAUCCUCGCCAGAACUCUCGUUCUAUGCCACCGCUGGCCACCCAACCGGGCCAAUCCUUGACUACCGCUCUUUUCACCUUCACAGCACGCCUAAACCACCUAUCAACCUGGUGGCCUGUUCGUGCAAGUCAUGCAUCGCCGCUUAAUGUCGAUGUUCCUUUCGCGUGGGGUGACUUGCGACAUGCUGCAGCAGGUGCUCCCAGCCAUAUCGACGAUGACUUGAUACGCGAUGAAGACUAUGUUCCUCCUCCUUCACCGAACCCUAAUUCACAACCGCCACCGACAGGGGGGAAUAGCACCGGAGAGCAUGGAAGUGGUCGGCUGUGUGGCUGCUUCUAA